AUGCAGCCUUGGGAGAGGAAGUUCAGGUGUGCUGGGAUUAUUCCAAAUGUGGGACGACACUGGUUCAACAACAAAAGCAACCAGCCUGCAUUUAGACACGAGUCCUACUACCAACCACCUGCUUUCGUGAUGUCGACCAUGGGACCCAUACAGUACAACCAGGUGCUCAUCCCAGUGCCAGUGCCAAACCUCCCAAUGACGGCAGCAGCAAUGCAUGUUCCUCCAACACCGCCCAAAGCUGCUGUGAAGAAAAAUCCUGAAGAUGACAUGGAGUCUGUGCUGGAGGAGCCUUUGUAUCCAGACCACUCAGAACAACAUCAACAGCAAACAUGGACCCCAGAGCAGGUGGCAGCUUGGCAUGAUGAACAGAAGUGGAUGAAGUGGGUACAAGAGCAAGAGCAAGACACACAGACGAAUGAAGAUGCCAAAGGGGUUGCACCAUCAUCUCCGGCAAAAAUUCAGCCAAAGAUGAGACCUCAGCCUUCACCUGGCAAGGGCCCACCACCACAGCCGCCACCACCUCCCCCUAUGGACAUGGAAAGCAUGCACCGGCCAACUCCUGCAUCAGGACACAAAGUGCCAGAAACUCCAGAAAUGACACCCACCAAGUUGACGACACCCGAAGAGACAUCCACGUCGGAGACAUCCAAGUCGGAUACAUCGACAUGCAAAAGGCCCAGAGAUGUACAGAAUACCAAGGCCCCAGAGGUGCCUGGUGUCCAUGCAGAGGUGCAAGCUCGGCCCAAGCAACGAGCAGAAGGGUUCAAUCCAGCACAUGUCAAGGCGACAGCUUCUAAGGCAGUCACUGCAGUGCCACAGGAUGCAAAUGAAAAGGGCAGUGUCAAGCAAAAGGCUAAGGGCGCAGCCACCAGGAGCCCAUCAACACAACCAGGCAAAAAGAAGGAGCAACGAAAAGCUUCCAAGCAGGAGAAGGCUAACAAGCAAAAGGGCAAAACCAAGGAUAAGAAACGAGAGAAGGAUAGCAAGGACAAGGUGACCAAGAAACGUUGCAGAAGCAGCGUAAGUGGAAUACGGCGCAAUGAGACAAAACAGGUACCACCAUUCAAAUGGGAUCAUGCUGAACUUGGUGCUCUACGGGAAUUCCUUGUGAAUGAAGCUCGUGAGGGGCGCUUUGUCUGCUGCUUUGGCAGCGGGUGCUCGGCGGCGGUCUUUGGCAACACUGGCAACUCCACCCCCAUCGCAUGGAUCGAAGAGACCAUUGAAGAAAUCUCCAGAUACUGUGGUCAUGGUGCUUCUCCUGUUACCAUGGAUGUGAAGGCAGCUGUGUCCUUCCCAGUGGUGCCUCCGCUUCCAAAUCCGGCGAAAGCUGCAUCGUUGACCUUUCCGGCAGACGUUCAAUCAGCCUUGGAAAAACUGGCUUCAAAUCCUAUUUUCCAGGCGAACCCUGAGUGCCUGGGAGAAUUGAUGCUGCGUGUUGCUGAGAAGUCUUCGGAGGCUUCAAUGAAAGAAGAGGUGGCACCAGUACCAUUGGUGAAGGAACGUGAUGAGCUGCCAAGUGUACCCACUGAGAAGCCUGUGGCGCCUCAUGGUGCACCAGUGGCUGCUGAUGCGCCUGCCGAACCAGUGGUCCCCAUGGGAUCGCCUUCAGGUGAGAACACCCAGGCCUACAAAAUGUUUUGGUCGAAGUUCAAGCGUCCAUCUGGUUCCAUGGUGGAGACGCCACAGGGAGGAGAGGCAGCUUCACACAGUGGUGGAGGCGCAUCUGUGCCACCUAUGGCUUCUACAGAGCCACUGGACAUGCAUCGAGCCGAUGAAGCCACCCCAGCUGUUCCCCAAGAAGUACCUGCACCUGCGCCUGUGGAUGUGGAAUCCUCUCCAGGUGAAAUCUUUGUGGAAAAUCAGCUUGGGGAUCCCACCUUGUACCCAUGGGGGCCUGACAUGGCAUUCCUUACAGGUGAAACAGCUACAGGACCUUCAGAGCCUGACACUGCUGAAGACAAGGGCACCAAGAUGUCUUUGGACGUGGAAGAUACCUUGAAGGAUUCUCCUGGAACUUCACCUCUUGAGGUUGUGGAAGAGCAUCGAGUUGAAGAAGGAGCUGCACUACAUGAACCCAGUGUGAAGGAGAAAGGCAUGACCAUGCAACAUGGCACUCCCAGCGAUGGAACAGCAAAUCCACCUUCCACACCGGCAGCAAAGAAGCAGGAAUUUGCUCCCACACAUGAUGAUGUGAAGGCUGCCCUUAUGAGGAAGACAACUUUGGACCUCAUGGGGGCACCAUCUCCUGCACCUACCACCCCAGCACCCAGUCCCGUUGCAGAGGUGUCAGAGGCCAUGGGAGUUGUUCCGAAUGAGCUGAAGGCCUACACUUCGGUUGUCAUGACUUUGGCGGGCGUGCCGCAAGACGUCUGGGUGCCGCUCUCAAGAGCAGAUGCUCUUGCAGCUGGGCUGGUUCCAAGUGAUGUGUGGGAACCGCCUCAGGAUGACAUCAAGGCAGAUGCGGGUGCAGCAAUGGGCGAAGACAAGGCUGAUGAUGGCAAGGCGUUGAAAGCAGCUUAUAUGCGUUUUCACAGGAAUUUCUGCAGUGUCAUGAAGACUGGAGCUGCAGCACCUUUGUGGCAUCGUGCAGGGCAAGCAGAGAACAUCAGCGACCUCAUGAAAAAAUAUCAUGAAAACUCGCAGCUGGUCGACAGCAUCGUGGCGGCGAAGGAGUUGAAGAUGUAUUGGUGCUGGGAUUCCAGUCUUGAGCGUUCCUCGCAGCGUGUGGCCCAAUCUGUGGAGAUCAGCAAGGAUGCCGAGAUCAGCAAUGCUCAUGCUGCAGAUAUGAUGCCGGAGAGUAUGCGCAAAUGCGCUGUGCAAGAUAUGGAGAAGCAUGUGGCCUCCCUUGAGAAUGCAAGGGCAACACUGGAGGGCUUUAUUGCUGGUGGUGAAGAAGGGGAAGCUCUGGUGGCACCUACCCAAUCGGUGGUGCAAGCGGUGGCAGCAUCGGUGUUGGAUCUGCAGAAAGCCGCGGAAGCCUGUGUGCGAGCAUUGCACUUUGUGGAGAUUCCCAUCAAAGAUUUGGAGUCCAGUACAAAGGGACUUGAUCUCUCGAGAUUUCCAUUCUUUGUGCUCCGCUAUGAGUUGACACUUGGGGAGCGAACUUUAGAUCCAAUUCUGCGGGUGAUUGCUUGGAGCCUUAAUGUUGGCUACAUUGGCAUGUGGCCAACAGUGGGGCCGAAUGGCGAACCCUGGAACCGGUACACCAACUUCGAUGCAAUGGAGCAAUUUCAUCGCUUCAACGUCCCUGAGUUCUACCUUCAAUGCUUGGGUAUGCAUACAUGCAAUCUUGGAAUCGUGCAAUGGCUGAACGGAAGCACAAUUCACAAAUUGCGCGAGAACAAAUAUGCAUAUUUUGGUGUUCUGGCUGCACUUGCUGCUGAUGAGGUCAACAUAGGUAGUAACUCACUUGCUGAUGACCUAUCGGCCAUGACCAGGGAGUUCAACAAAUGGUGCAGUCAGCACAAGAUCAGGCAUUACCAACCUCCAAUUUGUGCGGCCCUGCUGUUGGUCAAGCCCGGAGAGUAUCCCGAAUUGAGAAUCAAAGCGUAUGCAAGCAGAGUGCUUCUUAGCUACCUGCAAUGCUUAAUGGCCCAGAUGAUUACUGAACGGCAUGAUGCUGGCAUUGCUAUUGAUCGAGAACUGCUCUUGAUCCAUGGGGUGCUGACUUCAAUGUGUGCUUGGUUUUCGAAGGUGGAACAUGCAAAUCGCUAUUUAACCCGGGAACAGGCUGACGACAUCUGGGCCUUUCAGGAGAUCAACCUGGAGAUGAAAACAUCGUUGGUCAACUGCCGUUUCUGGCAUACUUAUCAAGACGAAGAUUGCGUGGGAUCUGUGAAACAGAUCGCACGCAAGGUGCAUCGGCGUUUGUUGGAGUUGAGGCUCUUAGGCCAAGGCUUCAGCGAGCCGGGCUGGGGAUGGCUCCCGCCCGAAGUCUCAGCCGAAGAGGCGCACGAGGCGAGCUCCGGAACAUUUCGAUAUGAACUCCCAAGAGCCGAUGACAUGGGAAGAAGUUCCGGACGAACAAUUCCUACUGGUGGAUGCCAUCGCCGAGCACAACCAGCGACUCUGAAGGCCGGAGAAAGGAAGCUUCUGGCGAGCAAAGCUGCGAAGCCAGCACAGCUGCUAGAGAUGGAACGCGACACCACGAUACAGGAACUGAGCCGCGCUGAUGAGAGUCGCAGCAAAACUGACACUGGAACUGAUUUUAUCUGCAUGCACUACGAAUGGGCUAACCCAGGGCCGAAGAGUCCUACGUUGGCCACAACUAUGACAAGGGAAGCCCCGCAGUAUGGGCUCACCACCUCACACCGGACCAGGGAAGAACCACCGGUCCCCUGGAGCCAGGAACAGUGCGGAAAAUGGAAGCAUCGGGUCUGCAGAACAAAAGUCGUUCUGGAAUGCGGCUAUGUGGACCCUGCAAGAGCAAGCCAGACGAGGGUAAUGGAAGUGAUCAACACUUCCCACGCAGCAGCGGGGAUAGCCGAAGCCUCAGAAAAGAAGGCCGAAAGGAUCCAAUUGGCUGCAAAUCAUGAGUGGCUGGUUGAGGGUCUGACCAACCAAGCCGAGGAGCUUGCCCACACGAUUCUUCAAGGAGUCCGAAGAAUGGCAAGACAUUUUCAGCCAACAAGGUUCCAAGAAAAGGUAACACGCCGAAGGACAUCGGUGGCCUGUGGAGAGUGGGACAGAGCCCCCACAGUGUCCAACCACCGAGAAGUACUCUAUCUUGACAUCAUCAGAGAUAAGGAGGCGUGGAAAAGGGUGAUGGAACAGGUGCAAGAUAUGUUCCGAGAAAGUUCGGUGCGACAGAUCACCCUCACAGAAGGCAAUGAUCUCUACCACAACAUCUCUGACCUGAUUCCAUGGGAAAUUGCAAGAAUCCAACUGGCGAGAGCACCGGCCGCCAGACGACCCCCCACCAAUUUUCCAUUCACUCAUCGGGCAGGAGUCUUCCUCCACAACGACAGCUCAAUCACAGUGGAGAGUGAAGACAUCCAGAAUAUAACCUUCCCGAGGCAGAAAUUUGCCAAACCAGUUAAGCUGGGCAUCAUCGUAUACGGGCAAGCCCGCGAUGAUGAACAACCCCAACAAAGUCCCCAGACAGAGAUUCCCCAAGCAGAAGCGAGAGCAGCCGAGAUCAGCUUUCCGGAAUGUAGCGUUCCGAGAGACAUCAAAAGGGCAGUGGCCCGACUGCACGUGAAUUUGGGGCAUCCAACAUCAAAUGAUUUGGUCCGAAUGCUGGCUCUUCACGGAUCUAUCACCCCGCAAGCUUUGUCCGCCGCCAAAAAGCUAUGCUGCGCGAGCUGCGAGCAAAUGCGGCAAGCACCAAGGAACAGACCAUCAAAGACGGUCAAAUAUCUGGGACAGCUGGGUGACAAUGUGCUCAUGGACAUCUUCUAUGCGAGAGAUGUCAAAGGGGAAAACUACACUAUGCUGGGAGUGAUAGAUGAGGCAUCGAACCUGCAUCAGGUCCGAAUCCUCCCAGAUAAAAACCCCACCACAGUCCUCGAAGCGUUCAAGGAAAUGUGGGUACGACCCUAUGGGGCCCCGUACAAGGUGACUUUAGACCAAGAUGGAAGCUUCGAAGGGGAUAUGUGGGAGUACCUUGUCAGAGCCGGAAUCGAGACUGAGUACGUGCCAGCCGAGGCACAUUACAAGCUUGGAAAGGCGGAACGAAACAACACAGUGUUCCGCGAGGCACUAAACAGGACAGCCGAUUCCAUGGCUGCAGCGGAUCUUACAUCAAUGGAGGAAACAGUGGAAGCCUGCAUAUACGCGUUGAACUCGGUACCCCGCACCCGAGGAAUGUCCGCGUAUUCCUGUGCGUUCGGGAAAAUUCCCAGAAUGCCAGGCGACCUGCUAACAGAUGAAAACUCACUGGCCGUGGACGUAGACGAGCAACAACAUCGUCUCCGGUCAAUGAUCUUCAGGGCCGAAGCACAGAAGGCAGUUGCAGAUGUCAACGUGGACAUGCAUCUGCGAAGAGCCCUGUUAAGAAAGACUGCUCACAUGAGGGUCGACGACAUAACCCCAGGAGCAAAGGUUGCAGUUUGGAGAUCUCAACUGCAUGGCCGCUCCACGAAGAAGCGAGGAGGGUAUGUGAUAGGCAAACUCAUUGCCUGGGACGGCGCAUCUGCUUGGAUACAAAUUGGUUGGCAAACCAUAAAGGUCGACCGUGCCCAGAUGCGACCCGCGUACGGGUUCGAGACAUGGGUGCCCGAUCAGUCCGAUAUCCAGGCACUAAAGGAUGCCGAACAAAAUUUCAUCCGCGGUGAAGUCCAAGAAGAAAUCGGCGAAGGACCACCGGAGGAAGAACCUAUAUGGUUCCAGAGAUUCAAUACGAGAGACCCAGAAAGAGCAGCGCCCCAGGUGACAGGACAAGAAGCACCUGGCGAGGAAAUGCAAGAAGACCGAGCAGAACCGGUCAAAAGAUCAGCACCUCCAAGAGAGGACGAACAAGUAACCAAGAAAAGUGCGCUGGAAGGAAACGAUGGAUCACCGCCCAUCGUCCGAGCAAAAGAGCGCCUGGUGAACCUCCCAGAAGUGUUUCAAUCUGAGCACGAAGCACCAGACAUUGGGUCCGAUGAUGACCUCCAGGUGGAGAGGUGCAACCCCAAUUGGAGAGCGUGCUACACAGGCGACCAAGAGGUCUUGGUAAACACCAUUCAGCUCACUCGAAAGGAGCAAAAGGCGCUGGACAGAGAAAUCCCGUGGAGAGAAAUCACCGCCAAAGGAGGAGAGUACCUCCAAGCCUUCAAGGUCUUCGCAGACAAAGCAAAGAGGAAGCGGAUCUUGCGAUCCCGAAGCUGCUACCGGGACAAGAAUGUGGGAAACCCACCCCUACGAGCUAAAGCUCGAGUAGUGGUGUUGGGACACACAGAUCCCGAUCUCGGGCGGUUAACAAGAGACAGCCCGACACCAAGCCGAACAUCGGAGAUGAUACUGCUCACAGUGUUCGUGUCAGGUGCCAACAAGCGGCUGCUUCGCUCAGGCAAAAUUUGGAUUCUGAAGGCUGCAGACGCUAGCACAGCAUUCCUGCUGCAGGGGUCUCAGCCAGAAGCUGAACGACCCCGCAAAUUGUAUAUGACUCCGCCGUCAGAUCCAAUAGCCCAAGCUGUGAAAGGAGGUUGGAAAGCACCUCUGUACCGGAUCGUAGGAAAUGUGUAUGGGCUCCAAGAGGUGAUCAAGAAGCUCACAGAAGCCAACUUCGUGAGUUCUACUCUCGACAAGAUGCUGUUCGAGCACCCGGACACAUCAGGAGAGCUAGAUUUAGCACUAGUGUACGUGGAUCACUUUCUCAUCACCCACCGUGAAGAUUUUGACUUCACUGUGUUGGAAAGUAUGUUCACAUGGGGUGGAUGGACCACCGCUGAACAAGGAUUCAAGUUCAAAGGCAAGGAACUGAAAGCCGUUCAGCAGGAAGGCGAACUGGUCCUCACCGUUAGUCAGCGCGAGUUUAUCAAGGGAAUGCAACGGGGAAAGGUCACGAGAUCAAGAUCCCAGCAAGACCCGAAGCUGACACCGGAAGAACUCACCGAGUUCAGAUCAUGUUGCGGAUCGCUGCAGUGGCUGGUAAGCCAGACGCGACCUGACGGUGCAGCCUGCGUCUCAUUGGCCAAUCGAGGUACUGAAACCACGGUUGAUGACCUUAAGACGCUGUACAAGCUAAUGACGUACUUCCAAGCAACGGAAGAGGUUUGCAUCGUGAUCAAGCCAAUCGAUCUGAACAUGAGCACCCACGUGGUCUCAUAUGGUGACUGUAGUUGGGCGAACGCCCAGGGGAUGCGAUCACAAGAAGGGAUCGUAGUGGUACUCGCACCUCCGGAGUGUUUUGAAGGCCGAUCCCGGUGUACCAUGAUUGAUUGGAAGACAUGCCGUACACCAAGAGUAGUCAGAUCCACCAUCGCAGGAGAGGCCUACGCGGCAGACGAUGCGAUUGACAGAGCCGCCUUGGUGAACUCUAUCUUGACAGAAUUGUUCACGGGCGAGAGCAUUCUGAAGACUGGACCCAAGCUUCCGCACGUCCAUGCCACAGACUGCCGAAGCUUGUUUGACUCAGUGAUAGCAUCCAACCCAUCGACGGAAGAAAAACUUGUCUUGCUCACUAUCAGAGCGAUACAGGAAGCAAUUGACACGAAGCUAUUCCGAUGGGUACCGACAACACAAAUGGUGGCAGACGUCCUCACCAAAGAUUCUGACCAACUCAGAUGGUCAUUUCUACAAUGGUUGAGAGACCCAAUCUGCCAGCUUAAGGAAGUCUUGCAGUGA